UUGAUUUGAAUUAUAUUUAGUGUUGGUAAUUUAAAUAAAUUGGUUUUAUUUAGCUUGAGUAUAGCUACAGAUUGCACCAACUUUAUAUUAAGAAAGAAAGAACAGUGUGUUCCGAGGAGUUAUAUCCAAAAGUUAUAUCAAGCUAUGUAAAUAGUCAUCAGAACAAAAUUUUGUUUUUAUGCAAAGUAGGAUUGCGUCCAGCCUCCCUUGAUGGUUGAUGUUGGGAUGAAAGAAAUUUCGCUGAUGAAUUUUAACUGUAGUUUAGAUUUGGAUGUAUGUUUUGGGUGUUGCCCCCAUUUCCAAAAGUCUUUGGGGCGAAGCAACGCAAAAUUUCCCUAGAGGCUACGCUGCCAGACAGACCAUCGACCUCUCUCCCUAGACAGGGCCUUCACCCUCAAUCAGGCUAAACGACGAUUCCCAAUACCCCCAAGGUGCCCUUUCUGCGGUUCCUGCCUCCGCCGCAUCAUGAAGCUUCCGGCGCCUCUAAAAAUAUGCUAUUUUAAAUAAAUUUAGUGAAACUGUAUACACUGAACUGCUUCAAAACCGAAAAAAACAAACAAGCUUCAAAGCACUAAGGGAAAAAGACUAGCUGUAUCCAUCAAAAGACUCUGGAAGAGUAAAAUCAUCAGAGUGGAUGGAAAGUUAGCUAAAUAUGAUGAAAUUUUCAGAGAAUUCGUGUUAGAAAGAUUGAAGAAAAAGGGUCCUGCACAAGCUUCAUAUUUCGUGCGCGCGUGAGUUUUGGAUAUACUAUAAACUCUCCGCUGAUAUAUGAGCAUAUAUUACGUGCUUGAAUCUUGACAAUUUCCCCAAAAAUUACUCGAAACUUAAAUGAAGCUUAUUAAAAUUCAAAUUGCAAAGAAAUCGGUAAUUUUCAUCUCGAAAACUCGGUAUUAAGGUAAUAUCAAAAUGUUUUUGCCGAAAUACGGUAAUAGGGAGAUUUUCUUGCGGAAACAUGGUGUCUGAUACCCCCAAGACCCCCCAUUAUUAUGUCAUCCUCUGUCAUACUUUCAUCUUAGCCAACAUCCAUAUCUUUGUCGAUCUUUGUUUUGUCCAUUCUUUUCAUCCGGCUAUAUUUCGUCCAGUUUGUAAUUCCUCUGAUCAAUGUUGUAUUGUAGACGAGAUACCUUCGCUUGUCAUCUGCUAUGUUGAUUUUUGCAGCGUGAGAAGCAGAAGAUGUUAGAGCUUCUGAAGUAGCGAGCCUAGUCCCCAUAUAAGAGUGUUUUUGGUUUUGUCAGAAAUGUUUUCAAAUCGUUCGAAAUUUUGUGAAACAAGUCAGGAAUUUUUCUGUCCGAAAAUGUUUAGUCCGAAAUGUAUUCUGCUGAUUUUUUUGUGUUGCUUGUACAUGCUUUGACAAAAUAUACGCGAGAAAUAAUAGCAAGUCUGUGUCCGCACUCAUACUCGAGUAGGUUCCCCGACCCAGUGGCCCGACCCAGUUCAUAAGCAACAACGCGUUCUCAAAGUAGGAAGUGCCUCUUACCAGUUCCGUCUGAAGCUAAUGUCUCGAAAGCAGAGAUUCACUUUCGUUCAAAAAAACCAGAAGACUUCAAGAGAAUGAAGGAAGGUCUUGCUAUUACCACAACAAGUAGGCCAACAGCGGGCUUCACUGCUCCAGAAUUGACAAGUACAGUGUUGUUUUCCUCAACAGCAAAAAACUUAACAACGCUGAUCCCAAACCCUGCAGAUAUCUCGCUUGCAAGAUCGACAGUAAUUGUGCUUUGCAGUUUGACGGUCAUCCUGUUGCUUCUAUCAUGUGUGAUUGUUUUUGUAUACUACUUUAGAACUGGACGGAACCGGUCUCUUGAUGCUAGGACAAGAGCCGUUAUUCUGUUUCUGACUGCUUUGGUUGCUACAAUCGCAGGAGUCUCUGGAACAACAAGUGCCUUGUCAAUUUAUAGAAUUUACAUGUUUAUUAUCGGUCUCAGCGUUGGUCUGGCUUACACAUUGGUUGGAGCUUACAUGUUUUUCGACAAUAGGCCUGCAAACUUUCAUGCUGACGGGAAAAAGAUACCUCGGCCUAUCGGUCACAAGCAUGGCAACAUGGGCAUUGUCAUUUGGCUAGUGACGCUGCCGUUGAUAGCAAUGGAAUUUGCGAUUCUUCUUGGUAAUUUGAGAAGACCGCAGACCACUUUCUAUAUAGCAGAUUACAUUGUAGCACUGCUACAGAAAUUAACCCAGGCAGCGGUUUAUUAUUUCAGUGUACGACACAGGUACCCUAGUGCAAAGCUGCCAUUUGCUUCGCAAUGGUACUUCGCAGUAUUGUCUUUAUACAAUUUUAUCAUGUGGGACGAUUCUAUAUUGACAUCACAUAUGGAUGACAGUUACAGCAAGCAGUUGUACGGAAAUGGCUUCACGAUCUUCAAGGCAACUUAUAACUCUUUGCUGAUAGACUAUCGUUUGAUGUGUUGUCUUCUUUUCGUGGAACAUGCAGUUGAGAUUAGCCAACAAGCCCUUGUGAUUCAAAGCAACAGCAACCACCAAGCUGAAAACUCCCUCACUAAUUCUCUGUCCAACGAGGAGACCAAUGACGCGUUCCUAAAGUCUGGACAAGUGGUCCAACUUUUGCAUCCACACAGCACUCAGGCUAUUCACUACACUGGAGGCGGUUACCUUGUUGGUUUGUUGUGCUUUGCUCUCCAAGCAGUGAAUGGACUGCAGUACCUGGGGUUUGUCGGUCCUUGGGCCAGCUGCAUGGCAAUGGCUGCUCAUGUGUUAAUGUUCAUCCUGGGGAUGAUAUUCCUUAAGGUCAACAGCCUUGACAAGGAUCUCGACAGGUGGAAGGAGUCCAAUUCGAAGGCAAUCGACGUAAUGGUUGGUAUCAUGGGUGGGGUUGGCUUUACCUUCAUGAUCGUUAGGGCGCUGAUUACAUCACACAUGGCCACGUUUUACAGCGAAACAAAUUUGACGUCAUACCUAUCAAUGACUGCAGGAAAAAACUGUUUGAAUGCAAUCGGAUUGUUGUUCCAGUUUUACAUGUUCAUGAAGGUCCCUUUUAAUGCGUGUUCACAAAGACAAAAUGAAUCCCUUGCCGUGAACCAUUUCUUAGUUCCUGCCUUGACAAUGGUUCAGCUGGCUUUAUUUGUCACCGCUGUAGUGGACCAAUACGAUGGCAUUGUUGAAAAGCUGCUAUCGCGUGCCAAUCUUGGUCCAGCAAUGCUCUUUUUCCUUGGCAUCGGUGCCCCCCUAUACCUUGGUUUCUGUCUCCAUAUGUUCCUUCAUUUCCUGAUCGUAAGACGAGACAUGACGACAAAGAAAGUUCGCAUUGCUUACGUUAUGGAGGAACCAUCCGGUGGUGAUCACAGGGGUUACACGCCGCAAAAUAUUAGUGGAUCACAAACGCUGGUCACAUCGAAUGAACAAUCAGAAUUAUUGAGGCCUCUUGUUUAACACAUUUGCUUCGUGGGCAGUGGCAGAAAUUUAGCAUUUUGAGAGGAGAAUAGUGUGUUAUGUUGUUUGAACGCUUUUUCUACAUCCCAGGUCAAAAUGAUUUGUUUUGAGAUAUUUUUCGAGUGAUGCUACUCCUCCAACCAUAAUUUUUUUCACUGCCCGGCGGGUUUUACUUUGGAUGUAACUCAAAAAAUGGAUAAAAAUGUAGAUAGUUUAUACGCUGUAGGUUUGCAUCUGUUAGAAAAUUAACGGAACGAAGGGUGAAAUUAUUUCUUUGCAUUGUAAUCGCAUUAUAUGCUAUAAAACAAAAAAAUAGAAAUAAUUAUAGCAAUUUUUGUGCAUGAAAACGACCAGUGGUCUUUUCCUAUCCUUUGUCUCAAAUGAAAGAAUAAGAAAGAAUUUGUCUAUGCAAUAUGUUCAUGUCGUUGCGGAGUGCACGCUUUGACUUUCUCUUAUUUCGAGAAUGUACGACAAAGAAGACUGCGAACGUCUAUCGCAAAUCUAGUGUAUGCGAAGUGUUUAGUAUAAAAAUUAUAAGAGGCCCAAAGCACCACUAUUCACAUCAUAUAUAGCUUUGUAAACACGUAAAUGUGCAUGGCGUUUUCAAAACAUCUUGCCAAAGGGAUUUCAUUUAAUUGUAAAAGUCUGAAAAUUGAUAUUUACUUUACCUAUGGAACAGAUUUCUAGAAUGAUUACAAAUUAAUAUCCAAUAGAUAUAUCAGGAAAAUGCGUUUCUUUGUUCGAAUUUAGAUUUGUUCAAUUUGUAGUUGAAAUAUUUUGUUUCAUUGAUUUUAUAAUUUCAUAAA